CAAGAGCAACGGGGAAAAUGUCUCAAGCUCGUUGUAAUCCUGCUUCGUGCUGUUCUCAGAGUUUUUGGCGCAGGUGCACGGUCAGGUCCCACCCUUCACCUGUCAAUCAUCUGUUCAUGCAAUCAGAGGGUCAGCUGAGACACGUGCUCCGAGCGCUGCUGGGGGCUUUCAGUGGAGCAGUCCUGUUUCUAGGCAUCUCCCACAACCUGCCUCUGAACCUGGAGCUGAAGCUGAUCGCAGGAGCCCUCUUCACCGGCUUGUGCGCUGUGAGUGGGGCUUGCUCGUCCUUCGUCAGGUGUUCUCUCCUGCUCACAUUUCCCAUGAUGCUUGGCUCUAGAGGCAGAGCUUACAUCCUACUGCUCCUCCUGUCCCUGCUCUACUCAGGUCCACUUCAUAAUAUGCAUGUGAACGUGGAGGCGUGUGCUCUCAGUCUCUCUUGUAAUCUGGACCUGCAGGUGAACAACAGUCGUGUUCUGUGGAGGCAGGCUGUGGUGCCGUUCAUCAGCAUUGCCCAGGAGCUCACGGGCAGCACCGCAGAUUUGGGGAUGGAGUCUCUAAACGUGAGCAUGGCUUUCCAGACCUUCAGACAAGAAGUGAUGCGCCAUUAUGGAGCCGAGCUGUUAGCCACUGACGCUAACAACGGCAAUGACACACAGCAGCAGCUCACUACAAGUACCAUGAUGCAGUGCGACGGUGUGGUCCAGGAGGCGGUGCAGCGCUGCUCUGAGUGGUUCAGUCUGAAGUGGGCGGAGUGCAUGUCCACAGUCUCAGUCCCGGUCCUGAACCACCUCCUCUGUGUCCCCAUGAAGUUCAACUUCCUCUGCGACAUCCUCCGAGUGAUGACGCCCUGGUGCAGAGAGCACCUCCCGGUGGAGGGCAACAUGGGUCACCUGUGGGACCAGCUGAACCGGUCCAUGGCCCACUUCCAACAGGAAUUCAGUGCCAGCAUGGUCCUGGAGGUGAAGGAGGAGCAGCACCAGGAGGUUGUGGAAGGACUGAUUUUGGACCAGAUCUUCACAGACGCAGUCCGGGACUCACUCCUCAGACUCAGAUCUGGGUCUGAGGUCCUGAUGGAAGUUCUACAGACCACUAAGUCCCUCACCUUCAUCACCAUCAUCCUCCAAGCAGUGUGGUACCUGGUGCGGUACAGGAGGGACCUUCGCUUCGAUAAUGUUUACAUCACAUCAUAUUUCAGACGCAUUGAGACACGAAGGAAGACUCAGGGAAAAUGCGGUGUCUUUCCUCUGUCCAAACUUGACCGGAGCUGUUUCAUCCAGCCCUGCAGUCUGAGAAUCCACCCACAGGAGGCGCUAUCAGUGUUCUCUGGUCUGGUUCAGUCAGUCUCAGUUGGACUUCUGACUCUGGUUCUGGUCUGUCUGGACCUGGUUCUGGUCCAUGUUCUGGAGAUAGUGAGCCACAACACCGUCACACAGUUAAACAUUACAGGUGUGCACCAGGUGGACCUGAGAGUGGGCGGGGACUCCAUCAUGGCCCGCCUCCUCAGGAAGACUGUCUCUGCCUUCAACAGCUCUGCCCACUUUGACAUUGACAGCAGCAACAAAGCAUGCUCAGUGGCGCCCUCUGUCCUCUCGCCCUCUGUAUACUGGAGCUGUGCCGCCUGUGUCCUGAUGAUGGCGCUCUGUGGCCUCUUCCAGAUCUACAGCAGCCGCCUGAGGAGAACCAUCUGUGCCUUCUACCACCCCCAGAGGGAGAAGAGGAGGGUUCUGUUCCUUUAUAACCUGCUGCUCCAGAGAAACAGAAAGUGCUCAGGCUCAGACAAGAAGCGCUACACACACCACUGGAACACGGUUUGUGGUCUGAGUCACUGCUGUGGGACUGAAGACCAAAGAAACCACGAGGUCCACUACCAGGUCGAAUAGUCCUGGACCAGAACCAGGACUGAACAGCUCAUAACAGUC